CUCGCUCCCUCUCUCUCUCUCUCUCUCUCUCUCUGGAUUCUCCAUUCCUCUCCACUUCCGCCGGCUGCAAUCUCCAUCAUCAACUCAUCCACAAGCUAAGCUAUCACCAAACUCUGCACCUUAAAUGGCGGAAUCAUCAAAAGGAGCCCCUUCAACUACUGGUUUACAGAAUAAAACUUCAUCACUUGAUGAUGAGUUUGGAGAGGAUUUUCUUACAUCCUGGAAAUCAUUAAAAGGCAAGAACUCAAUUGAUUUUGAUGUAGAAAUGAUUCCAGGAAAUGGAAAGAAGUGCUUCAACUUUGACAAACUUGAUGCUCUUGAGCUUGGUGGAGGCUUGGACACAAUUCCAUCCUUCAAAAUGGAUAUGUCUGAUUUAGACUUUUCUAGUCUAUGCAAGAAGGAUGAUAAGACAAAGAAUCCUUCCAAAGAUUCAGUAAACAAGGAAAUGAAACAAGACAAAUUCUCAUUCACAUUUGAUUUCAAUGAGCUGGAAUCAUUUAACCUGGACUCAAAUUUGCUCAAAGGGGAAAAGAAUCCCAGGAAAUGUACUGACAGUGGUGAUUGUUCCUCAAAACAUGAUGGGGCUCAAGAUUCCAGAAGCAACUCGGCCCAAAGUCUUGAGGCAUUUGAAAAUAAAGAAACCAAGAAAUCAUUGACAGCAAAAAAUUUGGCAACAUCACCAGCUGAACCUGUCAUAAAGGAUGACAUAAUGAAUGGUUCUGGUCCUUCAACUUCUUCAGAUCCUGGACAUCAGAAUAUGCCUCAUGAAGUAAUGGCAUCUUCAGAGAAGCAAGCAACUAUUGCAGAAGGAAGCAUUGGGUCAUACCAAGAUCUACAUCUAUUAGAUGGGAAAUAUUCUGCAAAAUAUCAUGCUGACAAAUCUGCUCAAAACAUUUCUCUCCAAUCUCUGUCUGGUGAUACUUCAGAAAAUAAGACUUUUCCUGAAUCUGGAAUAGGGUCAAUCCCUUUGGAUUGCUUAAUCACUAGAAGAGCAAGCAAACAAGAUAUUAGUAUUGGAUCAAUAGAUUCCUCACAUUCUGGAAGCUCCAGUCCUGCAAAUUCAUAUAACUCUCGAGGCUUGCUUAAACCAAUAAUAACAAAGUCAAGUGCUAGUGUAGGCAUCGAGAAUCAACAGGGGAAUCAGGAUGAACCUUGUGGGGGUUCUAUCCUUGGAGAAUCAAACAAGAGGCGUAAAGAUAAAGAUGUUUCUGAAAUGGGUUCUGUGCUGAAGAGCCCUCAUGAAAAUAAACAUGCUGGAGGAAAACAGAAUACGAGUUCAAACUUUCUUCCGUCAUCCUUAAAUACCUUAAUCAGUAACAAGUUACUGAAAGCAAAAUCAACUGUUGCCCCACAGUUUAGCACUCUGAACGAGUCUGCGAAGAAUGUAUCUCAACCAACAUCAGUUGGCAUUUCCAAGCAACUCUAUUCCUUGGCUAACAAGAAAUUGGAAAAAAAAAUUUUGUGCACCCUUAAUGGGAAAAGUGUCCAAUGUCAUCCUCCCAAUAUGCCAAGUGAAAUUAGUCCAUCUAGCAAUAAUAUGGAUAAGAAUCAUAGCUCAAGCUUCAUGCCUAUAAAAAGCCCCAUGACCUCUUCCAAUGAAGUGAGAGAUAUUUGCCCAAAAGAUGAGAAAAGAUUGACAAAAUUAAAUAUCACAUCAGCAAAUUCCACACUGCAAACUGAAACAAAAUCAGAUAAGUUUUAUGAGGAAAAUUUGCAGCGUUUGUUUGGCACAGAAUCUAAGGUUGUCAGUACUGUUAUCACCAGAAGAAGUGCAUUAUUGAGCCCUCCUUUGAAGCGAAAAGCACUUGAGGAGUUGAAAGAAGAUACAAGGAUUUCAAAUCAGUUAAAACGUUUCAAAGGUUCUACUGCUGAGAGAAAGAAAUCAUUAGAAGUUUCAGCACAAUCUGACGAGAAAUUGGUUCCAUUAACUGAAAGUCCAGUAGGUCCACACAAGGAGAUUGUCAAUGGGGGCCAAAAUUUGUCAAAUAACUUUGAAGUUCCAAUACUAAUUGAGGAUGAUGGAAAUGUAGAAAAGGCAGAGGCCUGUGCAAAAGAGCUUGAUGAUAUUUGCGCAAUGCUGAAAAAGAAGCAUGAAGAAGCCAAAGAAAUACUGGUUCGUGCUGUCGUGAACAACAACACCCUAUUGAUGCUAAACCAUCCAAUGUUUGAUGAGAAGAUCCAUGAGCUUCAAAAGUUCGCUGCAAGCUUGCAGUCCAAGGAGUUCUGAAGCGGGUCGAUCUGCUGCUUAUUUUCUGAUGCUGAUACAUGGAACGAUUUGGAG